AUGGCUGAAGACAACAAGACUUCUGAUAUCGCCUCGAGCGAUGCCGUCGCUGUCGAGGAGAGAAGGUCAGACCACCACGCUCACCACAAUCACACGGCAUUUGCGGAGAAGGGCCGUGAAGAUGAAGUGGUGUAUACUCAGGGGACCACCUUCGACAAAUCCACGUCGUCCGACCCCAGUCCGCAGGUCCAUCCACCCUUCCAAGAGAAAGGCCAGGGAAAUACGGACGUUGAGGAUCUAGGCGAAGGCCUUGCCAAACGGCCAUGGCAGCGCCGUCUGAUCAAGCAAUGGCGACAUGUCGCGCAUGCUGUCGUCUGGCUCUUGUUCACCGGCUGGUGGAUCGCCGGUCUCAUCCUGCAUCGAUACGACCUCGGAUGGCUGAUCCCCUUCCUUCUGUACCUCGCAAUCACGCUGCGCAUACUUUUCUUCUAUGUCCCGAUUACUAUAGUCACUGUCCCGAUGCACUUUGUAUGGAACCACACUGCGAGGCCAUUUGCCCGUGCGAUUCCACAGAAGCUGAGAACUCCAGCUUCUGCCGCACUGGUUAUCGCCGUGAUCAUCAUCGGUGCCUUCGCAUCCCCUGAGUCUGCCGACAACACGCGGGCGAACCGUGCUGUCAGCCUUUUCGGUCUCGUGGUGCUCAUCUUUGUUCUGUGGCUAACGUCGCGCGAUCGGAAAAAGAUUGUAUGGCACACCGUGAUCGUCGGCAUGCUCGUGCAGUUCAUUGUUGCCUUGUUUGUCCUGCGCACCAAGGCUGGGUACGACAUCUUCAAUUUCAUUUCGACCCUGGCGCGAGAUCUAUUGGGAUUCGCCAACCAAGGAGUCGAGUUCUUGACUACGACCCCGAUCCCUCAGAGCAUCAGCUCGUGGUUCCUGGUCACCGUCAUCCCCGCCAUCAUAUUCUUCGUCUCGAUCGUCCAGCUUCUGUACUAUAUCGGUGCUCUUCAAUGGUUCAUUGGCAAGUUUGCCGUCUUUUUCUUCUGGAGCAUGCGGGUGUCUGGUGCUGAAGCGGUGGUGGCCGCAGCAUCCCCCUUCAUUGGGCAGGGAGAAUCCGCGAUGCUGAUCAAGCCUUUCGUUCCCCAUCUCACGAUUGCCGAGCUUCACCAAGUGAUGUGCUCUGGAUUUGCGACCAUUGCCGGUAGCGUGCUGAUCGCCUACGUGGCCAUGGGAGUCAACCCACAGGCCUUGGUCUCAUCCUGCGUGAUGAGCAUCCCGGCCUCUCUCGCUGUCUCCAAGAUGCGGUGGCCGGAAACUGAGGAGACUCUGACGUCUGGUCGGGUCAUCAUUCCGGACGACGAGGAUCACCGCGCCACCAACGCUCUGGAAGCGUUCGCGAACGGUGCAUGGCUGGGGCUCAAAAUCGCGGGCAUGAUCGGCGCCACGCUGCUCUGCAUCAUCUCCCUGAUCGGACUCUGCAACGGCCUGCUGACCUGGUGGGGUCAUUACCUCAACAUCAACGAGCCGCCGUUGACCAUCCAGAUGAUCGUCGGCUACAUCUGCUAUCCGAUCGCCUUCCUGCUGGGAGUUCCGCGCAACGGGGACCUGUACAAAGUGGCGCAAUUGAUCGGCCUCAAACUCAUCACUACAGACGCACAGUACGCGGACAUGUCCGACCGCUCCAAGCUCAUCGUCACCUACGCCCUCUGCGGCUUCGCCAACAUCGGCUCGCUGGGUAACCAGAUCGGUGUGCUGGCGCAGAUCGCCCCCGGUCGGAGCGGCGACGUCGCCCGCGUGGCUGUCAGUGCCAUGCUGACGGGCGCUCUGAGCACGCUGACCAGCGCCAGUAUUGCCGGGUUGCUCAUUACGGAUCAGCGGCAGUUCUUUGCGUCUAAGACUUCGUCAUAA